AUGGCGGUGAUUUUUGCGUGGCGAGUGUCACAUUGCUUUUAUCGACAUUUUUCCCGUCAUCUUUUAGUAAACAGCAUUUUUCGUUCCACCAGUUAUUUACCACGAACUAAAAUAAUCGUGUAUUGUAAAAGGUCUCUUUGUGGUGGCGCACAGAAUAAUGCCUCUAAACUGGGCUUGAUUGAACAGAGUUCCAAGUUUCAACUUGUUUUUACGUGCAAAGUAUGCGACACACGAUCAAGGAAGGUUAUCAGUAAACAAGCUUAUACCAAAGGAGUGGUUAUCGUCAAAUGCCCUGGCUGUAACAAUAAUCACUUGAUAGCUGAUAACCUAGGAUGGUUUUUCAAUGACGAAAGGUGAGAGUAAUUUGCAAAACUUGUUCUUUUUUUAUAAUUAUCAGCAGAACUGGUGCUUUCAUGGCAUCGUUUUUGCUACAAAUUUUGACAAUUUUCGCUUGGUAUGACAAUGUAUAGACAAUUAUGGCAAUGGGCCAAACUAAACUUUCCACUGCAAGACCAAGCACCACUUAUGAGGCACAUUCUGAAACGAAGCCAGAAUACACGUACAGUAUACAUGGACUGUAUUACAAAAAAUGAUAGGCUUUAUACUGUACAUGAGAAAUUUCUGCAAUUUGAUUGGCUUAGAGCAGUGAUAUUUCAGUUUAAUAAGCGAGUUCGGAGUUCCAGCGGUCGAUCACAACAUUGCGUGCGACUGGGAACGAGUCGGGAUAAAAGUUGCUUCGAUUUGCUCGAGUUAAGUUUUUCGACGGUCACCGUGUUUUGAGAAAGAAAAUUGCGGGCACAAGGAUUUUUACGGAAAAGGAAAUGAGGAUUUGUGCAGUCGUUGGCUGCAGUAGCAGUACAUAUCAGCUGCAGAAAUGGAGGAAGGGGUUUUGCACUUCGCAUAAUUGCCAUCGUACAAGUCAGGACUGUAUAUGUCCUGACCUUUUUCAACUUUAUCCUUUUCCAACAUUGAAAGGAGACCCUGAAAAGAGAAAGGAGUGGGUUAAAUCUAUCAAUCGAAAAAACCCUAAAACAGGGAAAAACUGGCAGCCAAGCGAAGACGACAGGGUUUGUUCCAAACAUUUUGUGGAUGGACAACCUACCGUAGAUCAUCCAUGUCCUACUGUCGAUAUGGGGUACAACUACCAACCGAAAAAACAUCAGGUAAGAGCGGCCCGCAAAACGAGAACUAUGCAGAAGUUUACACAAUACAGUCCUGCAGAAAANAGAUAAUGGCUUGAUGUACAUGGAUUAUUUUUGUGAAUAGCAUUUUUGGUAUUUAAAAAUAUAUCUUCUGAAAAAUGUACAUGUAGCAGUUUUCCAAAUGGUCAGAAAUUAGAGGAAUUAUUAAAACACCGAUAUAAUCUGUGCUUGGCCCUUGAUGAGGAAGGAAAACCAACAAAGCCAAGUGCUUCAGACCACAGCAGAAUGUGUGCUUUUAUAUUUUAACUACAGUUCACACUGUACAAUAAGCCUUGAAACUCAAUUGGACAAAAUUCUGAAUGUCAUGUCCCCUACAGGGUGCAAAGAAAGUCAGCUAGCAUGUACUAGCCCACAAGUCAUUUCAACUAGCCCAAAACCCUUUUUGAUUAGCAGGAUUGAUUACAAUCCUUCUGUAAUUUGAAUUUCCCCAAAAAAGAGCACUUGCCUGUCACGCAAAAAAAAAAGAAAAACACUAUUAAACCUGAUAGCAAAAUCCUCUAGCCCCAGGCUAUCGGACGUGACUUUCUUUGCAUGCUGCCUCUAUGAUAGUUAUGAGUGUAAUAUUGUUCUUCCCAAAGACAAACAGUUGAUAAAAUAAGACUUUUACCAAAGCCCAUUGGUAGCACACGAAAAGCCUCCCAGAAAAUUGGCCAACCCCACAGAUUUUAAAUUUUGUCCAUGAAAUGAUGGCGUGUUAACAAAGAGGUGCCAUUUACAAUGAACAAUCUAUGGGGUUGGGCAUAUCCCAGACCCUUGAAAACAUUCUCGUCCUACAGUGUACAACCCCAAGUGCCCUUAAAUCCUUAUCGGGCAUUUUUUGGAAAAACAAAAACAGGAAAAGAUUUUAUAUGUUCACCUUUAUAGGGUUGGUGAAAAGCACACUCUAAAUGUAAUUAUCUGGUUUAACAAGUUAUUGAUUCCUUUUUUGUAAGCUAACAAACUUGAACUGCAUGUAAAAAAUCACUAAUUUGUUUUUUUUUUUCUGUGUACAUGACUUUUGGUGUGUGUGCAGAUUAAAACAUUUCUGAUAAAUUAAGACACAAAAUCAGAAAACUAUUAAACCUGCCAGACUCGAUGCCAAUAACAGUAAAAUGCUUUAAAAUUUGCAGUGAACAGAUCACAUGGUAAAUAAAAGUAUCUUUUUAAAAGCAGGUUAGUUUUGUAAAUAUUCACAUUUCUAGCAUUUUAGUACUGUUUUGGUACUUCAUUCUGGUUUUGACUGUCCCAAGAAAUCCAAUUCAGCAAUCUCUCUCAGUUAUUUAAAAUGUGCUGUGACUUUUUUACAUGUAACCAUACACUGUUGACCCUUUUUGCUGUAUGUACAAAAUCAGUUGUACACACAUUUAUGAUUAAAUUGUCUAUAAAGUCCCAAGAAAUCCAAUUCAGCAAUCUCUCUCAGUUAUUUAAAAUGUGCUGUGACUUUUUUACAUGUAACCAUACACUGUUGACCCUUUUUGCUGUAUGUACAUGUAAAUCAGUUGUACACGCAUUUUUUAUGAUUAAAUUGCCUAUAAAGUCCCUGCACAUUUUACAAAAUACAUUUUCUAUUUAUUUUAUAGGAAUAUUGAGGAUAUACUUGCUGAAAAAGGAGAGACAGUGAAGAGGGUUUUAGAUAGUGAUUUCCAAGAGUAUUUUAUUGAAGUUGAAAAGAGCGAUGAAGAUGAACAUAGACAAAUCACCGACAACAAUACAGACAAUAAGAUAACGUAA